GCUGGUCAACCAAGAUUCUCAUUCUAUUGACUACACCAAGAUGGUAGCCUUCAAGAUGUUAUGGAAGCUCUGUGUAGUUGUGGCCUUUGGGCUGUCUGCCACUGUCACAUCUACUGAGGUAGCCCAGGAGAAACCCAAGAAGAAAUCAUUAGACAGCGCACUUUCCAGCAAGGAGGACGAACCUGCGGUUGCAACCCAAGAAGCAACGGAGCCACAGAAUACCGAUACUGAAGAAAACACUGAGACGGUAGAUCCACCCAUGUUCUCUUUUGAAUGGUUUCUCUUACCUAAGCCUGAAAACAGAGGACAACUUCGUGGCAAGUUGCCGUGGAAUUUGGCCAUUGCUGUGCCAAAGGACUACAAUAAGUCAAUAGUGCCCGCUACGGAAAAACGUAUUAGGAAGUUUUUCUCAUUGGGUGACGUUGAAUGGUAUCUUUUACCCAAUCCUAUAAACAGAGCUGCGCUGCGUUAUUCUUUACCAAGGCAUUUGGGAUUAGCUGUGCCAAAGGAUUGCAACAAACCGAUAUCAGCCAUAUUGGAGAAACACAUUAGGGACUAUUUCUCAUUAAAAGAUGGGCUAAUGACGCUAGAGCAAUCCAUGUUUUCUGUGGAAUGGCUUCUGUUACCCAAUAAGGAAAGCAGAGCUGCCUUACGUUAUGUAUUGCCAUGGAAUUUGGCAAAAGAUGUACCAAUGAACUGUGAAAAACCUAUAGGGCCCGAAAUGGAAGAACGUAUUAGGGAGCAUUUCCUACUGAAAGGUGGGCUAGAAAAUAACGAAACUGAUACUGAACCUCAUGAGGUAUCGGACCUAGAGAAUACCGACAAUGAAGUACAGAUGGAUACGCAAGACUUGCCCAGGUUUUCUGUUAAAUGGCUUCUGUUACCCAAGCCUGAAAACAGAACUGCGCUACGUUAUUUGCUACCACUAAGUUUAGCCAGAAGAGUUCCAGAGGACUAUAAUGAACCAAUAGCGCCUUUAGUUGAAAAAGACAUUAGGAAGCAUUUUACGCUAUAUACCGUUGGAUGGUAUCUGUUACCCAAGCCUGAAAGCAGAUCUGCCUUACGUCAUUCGUUACCAAAGGAUUUGGCCAGAAUGGUUCCAGAGGACUGUAAUGAACCAAUAGACCCCGAAUUGGAGCAAGACAUUAAAACGUUUUUCUCCUUCAGUGCUCAAAAGCAGAGAUUUUUGCGUCUACAUUCAUAUUUCCACGGGAUUUAAAUUACCAAUCUUGAAAUAUUUUGAUGAAAACGAAUAUAAC